GAAAUAGUUGAAGAUCCGGUGAACAGCGAUGUGGCUCUUCCUUUCCGCCAUUAAACCAGCAUGGACAAGCAAGGAAAUCCUGUUAGACUCGCUAAAGUUACUAAAAUUUUAGGCCGUACUGGCUCGCAAGGGCAAUGUACCCAAGUUCGCGUCGAAUUUAUCGAUGAACAGAACCGUUCUAUCAUCCGUAACGUUAAAGGCCCAGUUCGUGAAGGCGACAUUUUGACUCUUCUCGAAUCUGAAAGAGAAGCAAGAAGACUCCGAUAGGUAAUUAUUAAAACCUUUCACUCAUAGACAAGUGUUCGAUAGCACGCUGCAUAAGCACGAUGCAUUUUAACUCAAAAUUCUGACGUGUUGUCGAACCACGUGCUACGUAGAGCAACCCACUUCCAGCUCCUAAGAGAUAAGAAAUUCGUUUCUUAGGCGUUUUCCCUUGUGGGAGAUUAGUAUCUUUGAUCUAUAUUUAGUAUUGAUAUAUAAAUGCUAGAUACGCUUGCAAAGUUACAACUCUAAUAAUUUUUUUCUCUGCAGAUUUCGUGAACUGUCCAAAGAAGAUCAGACAGGUAAUAGUCCUUAGUUUCAACUCUGGCCUCCACCAUUCUAAACGUAAUUAACUAUUUGUACUUAAUUACCUAUAACAAUAAAUAAGACAUACUACCUACUAUACGUUUUUUAAGUAUUCGUUAUGAAAAACACUGAUGAUUGUUAAUUUUUACAGGUCCGUCAGAUGUCUAUUGUUAUGGCGUUAUAAAUGUACAUUUCACUUGCGAAUAAAAAAAUUACAUGAUCAGAUAUUGUUAUGUUUGUUAUUUAUUUUCUUUAAAAAAUACAAUAAAUUGUUCUG